UGAGAUGUGGGAAAAUGAAUUUUGGAAGAAUAAGGGUAAGAAACAAUAAACCGGUAAAGAAGAAGGAUAUGGUAUCAGAGAAAAUAAAUAAAUCCAAAUUCUGGGAUCAAUGGAUGACUCCUUUCAUGUGGGAUAUGGAUCUCAGAUACACAAUUUUUUCUCAAAAUUUGGUUCUGCUCCGGUGAAGAGAUCUGCUUCAAUUACAGUCAUUUUAUUCUUCUCCUCCAUCAUUGUCUUAAUUAAUUGGCUGGAUGUUUCUGUUAUUCUGGGUGAUCCAUUUCCGAGGACAAUUUUUUCCAUCAUCAGAAAGCAGAGAGUGAAAUUUGAGAUUCCCCUCAACUGUUCCUAUGAAGGUUUACCGGGAACAUGUCCCAGUAAUUAUCCGCUAACGAUUGAGCUAGAUGAAUCAUCAUCUGCUGCAGCCUGUCCGGAGUACUUCCGGUGGAUCCACCAGGACUUGAAGCCGUGGAAAAGCACCGGAAUCACGAGGGAGAUGGUGGAGAGAGGCAGAGCUCAUGCCCAUUUUAGGCUGGUUAUUGUUAAUGGCAAGGCCUACGUGGAGAAUUAUAUCAAGCCUUUUCAGACAAGGGAUAUGUUCACAAUUUGGGGCAUUUUGCAGCUCCUGAGACUGUACCCGGGGAUGGUUCCAGAUUUGGAGCUCAUGUUCUGGUGUGAAGACCGUCCUGUGGUUAGGAAACGCCUGUACCAGGGGCCUAAUGCCACGGCACCGCCUCCAGUUUUCCAUUAUUGCGGCAAUAAGAAUGCCCUGGACAUUGUGUUUCCUGAUUGGACCUUCUGGGGUUGGGCUGAGACUAACAUUAGGCCAUGGAUGCAAACGUUGAUGGCAAUAAAAGAAGGUAAUAAGAGGAUGAAUUGGAUUGACAGGAUACCCUAUGCUUUCUGGAAGGGAAAUCCGAAGGUUGCUCCAGCGAGGGAAGAGCUUAUGAAUUGUAAUAUCUCUGACGAAUUUGAUUGGAAAGCUCGUCUUUAUACACUGGAUUGGUCUAAAAUAAAAAAGGGAGGGUACAAUGACACAAGAUUAGAAGAUCAAUGCACUCAUAGAUACAAGAUUUAUGUAGAAGGAAUUGCGUGGUCCGUGAGUGAAAAAUACAUAAUGGCAUGUGAUAGUAUGACCUUAUUGGUAAAGCCUAAUUACCAUGAUUUCUUCAUAAGAAGCAUGGUGCCAAUGCAGCACUAUUGGCCCAUUAACAACAACAACAAAUGCAGAGAUCUUAAAUUUGCUGUCGAAUGGGGCAAUAAUCACACUGAUGUGGCACUGGCAAUAGGGAAGGCAGGGAGCGAGUUUAUUCACGAGAAUCUAACAAUGAAAUAUGUGUAUGAUUACAUGUUUCAUCUACUAAGUGAAUAUGCUAAACUCCUGAAAUUCAAACCGGAGGUGCCACCGGGGGCUACCGAGGUGUGUUCGGAAAUGAAAGCAUGUUCGGAGAAGGGACGGUGGAAGAAGUUCAUGGUGCAAUCGCUGGUGAAGUCUCCGAGUGAUAAACUUCCUUGCAGAUUGCCUCCUCCGUAUGAGCCUCCUGAGCUCAAAGCUUUUCUUGACAGGAAAAAGAACAUCAGUAAAAAAGUGCAGAAAUGGGAAAGUCAAUAUUGGGAGAGUCUUAACAAGAAGCAAUAGAUAUAAUGCAUUUGUAUUAAAAUUAGGAGAAAAUUGUUUUGAGGAUGUAGCUUACACUGACGGGUUAAAAAACAAAAAAAAAAUUCUGUU